AUGCCCAUCCUCGCCUACUUCGGCCGCCUCAAGGACUUCGCCGAUCAACUCUGCGAGCUCAGCGACCUCGUCACUGACCGUGCACUCGUGAUGCAGAUGUUCCGCGGGCUCCAUCCACGCUUCUACUACACCAUCCCGAUGCUCACGUCGCGCGUGCCGUACCCCAUGUUCCUGGAGUGCCGCGCUUUCCUCGCUCUUGAGGAGAGCCGCGAGGUCUAUUCGCACGGCUCGGGCUCGAGCUCAGGCUCUGACACGGCGCUGCACGUCUCCGCUCCGGCCAACUCCAACAACUCCACCAACAAUCGGAACCGCAACCGCCGGAACAAGGGCAAGGAAACGGCCAAAGGGAAGAGCGCCGCCGGUGGAUCCGGCACGACUUCGUCCACACUGCAGCUGCCGAUGCCGGUCACCAACCCCUGGACCGGGCUCGUCCAUGCUUGA